UUAACUUAAAAACAUAUAAACUAUUCACGAAAGUCUGAAUGAAUAACAAUACUUGGUCGCCAUAUUGGCGGCAGUGACGUCGCGGGGAACUUCCUGAUGCAGUGAGAAACAGCGCGGGUUUGUCUUUUCCGUUUAGAAAACCAAGAUGGCUCGAGGUCCGAAAAAGCAUUUGAAGCGUCUUAAUGCGCCUAAGGCAUGGAUGUUAGACAAAUUGGGGGGUGUGUACGCCCCACGUCCAUCCACCGGACCUCACAAGCUCAGGGAAUCUCUCCCUCUUGUUAUUUUCCUCCGUAACAGGUUGAAAUAUGCCUUGACUAACUGUGAAGUAACUAAAAUCGUAAUGCAACGUCUAAUCAGAGUUGAUGGCAAAGUCCGUACAGAUCCUAACUACCCAGCGGGUUUCAUGGAUGUUAUUACUAUUAAGAAGACUGGUGAAUUCUUCCGAUUGAUCUAUGAUGUGAAGGGACGUUUCACCACUCACAGAAUCACAGCUGAAGAGGCAAAGUAUAAACUGUGUAAAGUAAAGCGUGUUCAGACUGGGCCUAAAGGUAUUCCAUUCUUGGUAACACACGACGGCCGAACUAUUCGUUACCCCGACCCAGUUAUCAAAGUUAACGAUACUAUUCAUUUGGACAUUGCGACCAGCAAAAUUUUGGAUUCUAUCAGAUUUGAUUCAGGUAAUCUUUGCAUGAUUACUGGCGGAAGAAAUUUGGGGCGUGUCGGUACGGUUGUCAGUCGCGAACGUCAUCCUGGAUCCUUUGAUAUUUGUCAUAUUAAAGAUUCACAAGGACAUACUUUCGCAACGAGGUUGAACAACGUGUUCAUCAUCGGCAAGGGUACAAAGCCGUACAUUAGCUUGCCAAGGGACAAAGGUGUUAAGCUAUCGAUCGCCGAGGAACGCGACAAGAGGUUAGCGGCGAAGGGGGUGAAUUAAUGUACAUUUUCAAGAAAACAUUCAAUAAACCGAGAACUUCUUGGUGAAUAAAUGAUGUGCCUUCCACCAU